AUGGCUCAGCAGGAAUACAAAAUGCUUAGUGACAAAAUGUUCACCUACAAAGGAACUGUCAUAACUUUGGAGAACAAUCAUGAUCUUACUCCAGCUUUGAUUGGAUUGAUUGGUGGCUGUUGGUUUGACCAUGUUAAAGGAUGGAUCGCAAAUAGAGACAAAUACAACAUCCUGAUCCUUACUUAUGAAGAAAUGAUUAAGGACCUCAGAUCCGUUGUUGUGAAAAUCUGUGAGUUUGUGGGAAAGAAUCUGUCAGAUGCAGCGAUUGAUAAAGUGGUGGAGGCAGCCACGUUCAAGCACAUGAAGAAAGACCCCUUGGCCAACUAUGAAUCCCUUUCUCUGAAUGCCACAGACCGUCCAAAAGGAUUUUUAUUUCCUGAGCAAAGGAACAGUUGGGGGCUGGAAGAACUCUUUAACCGUGUUUUGACCGCGUCUAACAAGAAAGAAUGA